AUGGCGGGAAAGAGGAUUUUGGACUUGGCCGCUCUUUUCAGUGCUUCCCGCGGGGUUGCACAGAAACACAUUGCACUGAAGACGAGGCAAAUAGAUGUCUACAAUAGAACUUCGACUCUCGCACGAGCAGUACGCAACCAGACGGAUCGAGUUACGGAAACUGCAAAGGCCGCAUCCUUUCUUGCAUCAAGGUUGAAUGAUAAUGUGCCAGAUUGGACCAAAGAGGCAACAGACAAUACAUCACCGAGUUCGCAAUCAAAUGAUGGUGGUCAUAUACCUAGCACAAAAUCUACCAAAGAACAAGAGCACGUCACAGAAAAUAAAGAGGGCUUGGAGCAGGAUCAUUUCUAUGAUAGAUCUGAAUCGAAUUCAACUGUCAAUUCGAGACCGAAAGGAGAUUUGGAUAUUCGGCAGGAAAAGGCCAAUAGUCACCCUCUACCAGAUGGAACAAUUCCUCUCAAAGAUGUGGAAAUCGAUACUGCCGAAUUGAAUGCAGACACAACCCCGAUCAAGUCUCAAGUCGCGCCUACAUCAGACCCCAUAAAAGGUGAAGGAUUGCAGCCAAAGUCUUCCGAUGCCUCAGUCAUUCCUACUCCAAGAACUAAACCCAUGUCCGCAGAUGAUGCAAGACGUAUUCAGCGAACUUUUGAGUAUCAAAUACCAUCAAUAACUGCAGACGCAACGGGAAAGUCCAAAAACCCAUUGGAGGAAGGUCACGAUGAGGACUCAUUUUACGAUAGAUCAAAACACACAUCACCUACCCUAUCAUCUCUGCCCAGGGCUAAGAUACCAAAACAUACAUCAGAUGUUCAAGAGAAUGGCAACCAUCUCAAGGAAGAUGGUAUAAACAUUGACUCUUUUUACAAUGAAACCCAUACAACUGAAAAGAUACCAUUUACUGAAUCGGUCCCUGAACAAGAACAGAUGCCCGAUGGUAUUAACACUGACCUAUUUCAUAGCCCAAGGAUUGCUAGGUUGUUAGGCGGUAAGACUCAAGGAUCAAGUAGAGGCUCUCUAGGAUUAAAGGGAGUAAAAGACACCCCUGUAGAGCAACCCAAGCUAGCAAGAAAUAAAGAGCAGGAAACAUUCAAUGUUCGUUCAUCAGUCCAGGCAGCACCCACCACUCCGGACAUUCUCCCCAAGCCAAUAUCUGAUGCAUCUCAUAAAAAAGAUGAAGAUCUUGAAAAGCUAGCGGCAGAUGUUAGCAAAGAAACUAGCAAUGAUACUACGCAGCCUGAGGCGAGUUCAGAGCCUGGCAUAUAUAGGCUGCGAGAAUCUAGUGUUCCUUCUUCACGGCUUGGGAGAUUAUGGAAUUAUAGUGGUCUUGCUGCUGGUAUGGUUGGAGGAGCAAUUAGCGAAAGUCUUCGUCGAGUCGGCGGUGGUGGCGGCGAAGGUUCUUUUAUGCUGAGCGCGGGUAAUAUGGAUAGGCUCGUGACUAAGUUGUCUCGAAUGAGGGGUGCAGCUCUAAAAUUGGGUCAAAUGAUCAGUUUCCAGGACUCCAAGAUGCUUCCUCCUGCAAUCCAAGAAGUAAUGCAGCGAGUCCAGGACCGCGCAGAUUACAUGCCUGCGUCACAACGAAACAAGGUAUUAACAGCAAACCUCGGAGCCGAAUGGAGAGAUCUGUUUGACGAAUUUGAGGAGGUUCCUCUGGCCGCAGCAUCUAUCGGUCAAGUUCAUCGUGCAACGCUCAAAUCAACUGGUGUCAAGGUCGCUGUGAAGAUUCAAUAUCCAGGGGUGGCAGAUUCCAUAGAUUCCGAUCUCAAUAAUCUCGCAAUUCUACUCACAGCAUCUCGUCUCUUACCAAAAGGCUUGUUUCUCGAUAAAACAAUUGCAAACGCCCGAACAGAGCUGGGAUGGGAAUGUGAUUACAUUCGAGAAGCAGAAUGCGGGCUACGUUUCCAAGAACUUCUAGCAGAUGAGGAGGACGUCUUCGUUGUCCCAAAAGUAUACUCAGAGGCAUCAGGAAAACAAGUUCUUACUAUGGAAUACUUGGAGGGAGUCGGUGUUACUCGCAUACAAAGCUUCACACAAGAACAACGAGAUUGGAUUGGGACUCAAAUCCUCCGCCUCUGUCUUCGGGAGAUUACUGAAUUCAAAUACAUGCAAACUGAUCCCAAUUGGACAAAUUUUCUCUUCAAUGCCCAAACGAACAAACUAGAACUUCUUGAUUUUGGUGCCUCUCGCGAGUACCCAGAGGAAUUCAUCAAUAAAUACACACAACUACUGGACGCAGCCUCCAGAUCUGAGAGGAACAAAGUCCGAGAUCUAUCCAUCGACCUUGGAUAUCUCACAGGUCAAGAAUCCAAGGCAAUGCUCAAUGCACACAUACAGUCCGUCCUCACACUCGCAGAACCGUUCUUAGAAUCUUCCCCAGAGAUUUACGAUUUCAAAGAUCAGACGAUUACGGAUAGAGUCAAGGCUCUCAUUCCGGUUAUGAUUAGAGAGAGAUUGGCGCCGCCGCCAGAGGAAACUUAUAGUCUGCAUAGGAAGUUGAGUGGAGCUUUCUUACUGUGCGCGAGGUUGGGCAUAAACAUUCCAAACGAUCUACAAACGAUCUACAACAAACCAAACUACAUAAGAUACAACAUGUCCUUCAAAAGCAUCCUCGAGAAAGCCAAAGCCAAGGGCGAAGCUUUCGCAGCCCAACACAAUUUCAAAAUUCCCGGCCAAUCCACCACACAUACGCCUCUACCACCACAACCCGCACCACCGGGAUAUUACCCCCAAAUCCAACCUCAUCAUCAAGCAGGUGCACCUCCACCGAUCCCUCAAAAUCGACCCUCCUACUCUGCAAUCCAUCCCUAUUGGAACCCCUCUCUCUCCCCCCACACACCCGUCUCCGAUAACUUCAGACAUCAACUUGGUGAUCAUGGGUGGGGAAACAAUGAGCUUCAGAACUACGUCGCAGACGGGGAAAAUUCCUUCCACGACGAGAAUGGAUGUUUAGUUUUACGAGCUAUCUCAUCCAACGGCAAAUUCACAAGCGCGCGUCUCACAAGCCACACGACACUUGCCCGCGAUCGCGGAAGUCUGAUAGCGACUAUAACUCCACCAUGUGCGUCUGGGAUCUGGCCCGCGUUUUGGUUAUUACCUCGAGAACCAUUUUCGUGGCCGAAUGAUGGGGAGGUGGAUAUUAUGGAGACGUGGAAUGGAGAUGCGACGAAUCAUACUUGUUUGCAUUGGGGACAUUUUAAUGGGGAUGAUUGGAAUAAACAUCGGGUCGUGGAGACGCCGGUGCAUAAUAUGCAGCAUUCGCAGCACACGUAUGAGUUUGCGUGGAAUCAGCCGGAGAAUGGGGUAGGGGGGAAGAUGGUGUGGUAUGUGGAUGGGAGGGUGGUGAUGAAGGCGGUUGUUCCUGAAGGGACGAGGAGGUUGAAUGAUUUUCAGGUGAUUAUUAAUGUGGCGAUGGGGGGUAAUGUUUGUCAGGGGCAGAGACCAGAGGAUGGGGCCUAUGAUUUGAAAAUUCAUGGGUUGAAGAUGUGUGAUGAGCCUACGGGGGGGUGGGGGAGGUUUGAGAAUGAUUUUCAUCAUGGACCGGAAGGACAUGCAAUCGUUGUAUUUCCUACCAGCUUGGAGAGUUCCCGCAUGUUAGAGUUUAUGAUUGUCAAAGGCCCUAAUGAAGGAGACAGAGACAGUGUUACUGGUGCCGCUGGUAAAGUAAUACAUAUGCCUUCAAAACUAGCUGUAUAUUCACUAGAGAUUCAAACCCCGGCUUCUGUCUUGCGAACGGUUAUUAUAGGUGUUGGACUGCACCAUAGUGCGCACGUAUCAAAUGAUAUUCGACGGUUGGUUUACGGAAAUAAAAUAUUACGAGAAUGUGACGAAAGCGAUCCGUGA